AUGACUCACUUCGACUCACGGUGCCAGGCCUCUGUUUCUAUAAAAGUUUAUUCGAUUUGGGAGUUCCUACGAGGCGAGUGUGAUUGUCAAAAAGCGAUUGAAUUUGCACGAGAAAGAGGUAGAAAGUACAUAGAAGGUAACAAGGAGUUUUAUUCCGAUUUUGAGAAAUUCACAAAUCCGAAGAGUUUGGAACAACUUGAUUUAAAUAAUUCGAUUGGGUACACGUAUAAGCCAGUUGGAUGUGCAAUGUGGGGGGUUAAAGAGGCAGAGAAAUUGAAAAAUAAUGGGAAAAGUAACAAGGAAAUAUUUGAGAGUGUGUUGAUGGCUGUGACCUAUGAAGCGGGAGAUGCAGACACCAAUAAAGCAGUUGUUGGAGCAGUGUUGGGUGCUUACAUUGGCAAUUUAGAUAUGUUCCCCAAAGACUGGAUUGCAUUUGAUAACAAAAAGUGGCUUAUUGAGAGGAUCAACAGAAUGUUGAAAUUGAUGAAUUUGGAGGAAAUUAAAGAGGGAGAAAUUUAA